UUGGCACGCGCCACACUCAAUUCGCUUCAGGACCGUUUCACUAAAAUUGUGUUUCGAAAAAUUUUCAAGCAAAGCAAGGAAUGUUAUGCUUGGAAUCAAAACGCCCGAAAAUGAAACCUUUACCGGGCUGGAAUACUUCGAGCCGUACAAUGCGCUUAACCGGUACGUAAUCAAUCAGAUCGUGCGCAGUACCGGUACCUCGAUUAGCUCAACCGUCUGGCGCCAGUUUGUGGUGUACAAAAAUCUGAUUGAAGCCAUCGAAAGCAUCAACAUUGCUGCGAUCCUAGUGCUGCAGUUCAUUUGCAACGGUUAUCUGGGAUUGUCCGAUUACGCUCAAUUCAUACGCCGCGAUGCGGCCGCACUGGACUACAUCGCUUCAGCGCAGAAUUUCAUGACCUCGCUCAGCAUCAUAUCGGAGGCCGAGUUUAGUGUGAUGCAGUACUGGCGCACGCAGGUGCUGAUCAACAUUUCCACCGGCUAUCGCCGGGAUGCGCUCGUAGAGUACUAUCAUUCGGUAACAACCGUGCUGAAGAAUCUGCAAAUGGUGCAGGACCAGAUUCAGACCGACGUGAAGGAAACGAUCCUGGAGGAGAUCCAAAGUGCGCGAAGGCAUCAGUCGAUCUCGAUCGGACUGGUGGUGGUUAUCCUUAUUAUAAGUCCGAUACUGGUGCUUAUGAUACGCGCAGCCACCAGCACGAUACAGAACUAUUCGACGAAGCUGAUGGCCCGCACGAUGGAGCUGCGCAUGGAGAAGGGCAAGUCGGACCGUCUGCUCUACCAGAUGUUGCCACCGGCCGUAGUGAAGCAGCUGAAGCAACAGCGCCAAGUGCCGGCAGAAACAUUUGAUGCAGUGACUAUAUUUUUCAGCGAUAUCGUAGGCUUCACCGACAUCUCGGCUAGCAGCAGCGCGAUGGAGGUGGUUAUCAUGCUCAAUACACUGUACCGUUUGUUUGACUCGAUCAUACUGAAGUACGAUGUGUACAAGGUGGAAACCAUCGGAGACGCGUACAUGGUUGUAUCGGGACUGCCACAACGGAAUGGGAAUAGGCAUGCCGGCGAAAUUGCCAUGAUGUCGUUGGAUUUGGUUUGUGGCAUUUCGGGAUUCACCAUACCACAUAUGAAGAACAGAACCUUGGAAAUUCGCGUCGGUAUCAACACGGGACCGUGUGUGGCAGGGGUAGUCGGAACUACGAUGCCAAGAUAUUGCCUGUUUGGGGACACCAUAAACACUGCGUCCAGAAUGGAGUCGACAGGGGAGCCUAUGAAGAUUCAUAUCUCAGAGAGCACCAAAGAGGUUUUAGACAAACUCGGAGGAUUCAAGAUCAAACUGCGAGGAACAGUUGACGUCAAGGGCAAGGGCACAAUGCAGACUUUCUGGCUGACUGGCCACUCGAUGUACGAACAUCUUACGCCGGAAAUGCUUAUACCAAUGUAUAAGCAAAACGUAGUCACAGAACCUGAUUUUCUUCAAAUAAUCUAGACUUUGAUGGACAAACUGCACACUACUAAGCAAUCCAGUUCGUUAAUGUGAUUAGCGAAACGAUAGUUUAAUAAUUCAUGAUAAAUUAUUGUUCAAUUCGAGCAAAAUAUGUUUGCAUAGAAGUGCGAGCACCUAAUAUAGAUCAAAUCAAUAAAGCGUAUAAGAAUAAAUUUUGGCUAGUAGGAUAAAAUGGUAGAAAAUGAGUGUUAUAAAGAAAACAUCAUUUUAUUCGUUGUUUUUUGAAUAACAUGUCAGCACUCUUUAUUUAAGUCAAAACCACUAACACAACGCUCUGUGUAGAAAUGCAAAACGCUACUUACUGUAAAAAUAAAUUCAACGAAAAAUGUAAGUUUGUUAUUUCUCGUAGAUUCAUGUAGAUAUCAAAGCAGAUUUUGACAUUAGGCCGUUAAAUGAGUUAAAAAAAACUUUGGCGCACACAAAAAUACACACCAUCAUACAACAAACAUUCAAACACAGUCUGACAAUUCUUUGUGAUAUGUUGAAAAGCAUGUGUAAAAACUGAAAUUUUAUUUUGAAGCAAAUACACUAUUUGACAACUGUUGAAAAAUAUCUUGGAUGCGUUGAAUAAUGAUGUGCACAUUCGAGAGUGACUUGGAAAACCCUGUAUGUUGCCAACA